UACUCUAUAAAUGGUCUAAGGAUCGCGGUCGCCAUCGAAAGUUUUUGCACAAACUAAAAUAAAAUAAUAAUGUACCUUGAGCGUGCUUGAGCCUUGAGUAUUUUUUUUAUUGAUCGAAUUCUUAGAAACAGCCUCAACAAUAUUUCAAUUAUUAUAAUUAUCAUUUAAAUUAAACUUCAUUGCAGUAUUUUGAUUCAUUCAAUCUGAUUAGGCUCAAUGGAUUUUGAAAUCAAGAUCGAGAAAAAGGAGGAUGAAUUUGCAACGAGCAACGUCAAAGAUGAGCCAUCCUCACACAAUGGUUCAACUUCCAAUCAGAUGGCGAGAGUUGAGCAGGAGAAUGAUAGCAGCCAAGAACCAGCGACAGAGUGCAGCACUGCAUGCUCUCCAAAUGAUGAUGAUUUCAGCCAACAACAUUAUCUAAUCCCUGGCUAUAAUCUAAUAUUCAUCAAAGAGGAAGAAUAUGUUGAGCAAGAGGCAGAAGGAUGUUUGGUGGAGAGUGAACCGGAGAUGUGGCCUUCAAACUGCAGCACAUCUGAAACUGCCAAUGCAACAGAAGUGGGUGGACUGAAUGCACAUUCAAUCUCUCUAGUGGAAGAGUGCACUGAGCCAUCUGUGGCUGGCAAAAAGACCAAGCUCUACAGCUGUGCUGACUGCAGCUAUAAAACUCCAUCGAUCACUCAUUGGAAGAGACACAUGACGAAACACACUAGGGAAAAGCCUUUCAGUUGUGAGUAUUGCGACUAUAAAUGUGCUCGAUCAAGUAAUUUGAAAUCACAUAUCAGAACACAUACAGGAGAAAGACCUUUCAGCUGCGAGUAUUGUGACUAUAAAUGUGCUCAAUCUGCUACUUUGGAGAGACAUAUCAGAACACAUACAGGAGAAAAACCUUUCAGCUGCAAGUAUUGCGACUAUAAAUGUGCUCGAUCAAGUACUUUGAAAUCACAUAUCAGAACACAUACAGGAGAAACACCUUUCAGCUGCGAGUAUUGUGACUAUAAAUGUGCUGGAUCAAGUACUUUGAAAUUACAUAUCAGGACACAUACAGGAGAAACACCUUUCAGCUGCGAGUAUUGUGACUAUAAAUGUGCUCGAUCAAGUAAUUUGAAAUCACAUAUCAGAACACAUACAGGAGAAAAACCUUUCAGCUGCAAGUAUUGCGACUAUAAAUGUGCUGGAUCAAGUAAUUUGAAAAAACAUAUAAGAACACAUCAUAAAGGAGAAACAACUACUAGCUGAAAAUUUUUGACUUAACAUGUGCUCAUUCAAAUUCAUUUUACUGUGUUUCCUAGUAAGGUGGUCACUAACUAAUAACAGGACAAGUGUGUUGAACAUGUGUGUACACACAAAUGUCGUCCAUACAUUGUCGUGUCAUCACAGCUAAAGGCGACAAACAACAUUUUUUGAGGUUCUGAGUAAGUAUCGGCUCACACCUCCCCACUCCUCUAUUUAAAUUGCCAGGGUCGCCCUGGGCUGGCGUCUGUUGAGGGGC